GUGUGAUGCAGGUCUUCAGCAUCCAGACAGCAUGAGGUUGAAGUUUAACUUCAUCGCAGACGUGGUGGAGAAAAUCGCUCCUGCCGUGGUACAUCUGGAGCUUUAUCGGAGGGUCCCGUUCAGCAACCGAGAAGUCUCAGUGGCGAGUGGCUCGGGCUUCAUCAUAUCGGAGGGUGGCCUGAUCGUCACUAACGCCCACGUACUGAGCGGUAAGCAGAAGAUUAAAGUGGGGCUGAAGAACGGAGAGGAGUACGAGGCCAAGGUCAAGGACGUGGACCAAAAAAACAGAUAUAGUGUUAAUUAAGAUCAGC